CUAUCAGCUUCGCUUUGAAGCUUUGUGGAGUUCGGAGUGCGCCUGUUUUCGUUUCUUUUUUGGAGAAAUUUCUCUUUGAUCGGUGAUUUCCAAGUGAGGAUCUGCAACAAGGUUGCUUCCUUUCGUGCAAAAUCUUUCCUUUUUAUCCGAUUGAGCUGGUGAUUCUCUUGAUUGAGAAGGAAUUUUGAAAUUGUUUUGAGAAAGCUAUCAAAUUUGGAAUUAGAGCUGGAAUGAGUGUUCUUUAAGAAGUACAGCUUUGAAUUUUAUCCAGAGAUCCUGAGUUAGUGAUUGUUUUAGUGAAGUAUGAGAAAGAAUGGGAUUUUUCACCCUGGUAGGGCUUUUAGUGAUAAAAGAUGGCUCCUCCCCUUCUUGGCAAGCUUGCUAGUCUCACUGUCUCUCUGCUUGGCCACCAUUUUCGGGCUCUUCUCUCCUUCGUAUUAUGGCGACUCCCUGUCAUUUGAUUUCAUUUCUUUCAGUAGUUUGGAGGAGUCAACUGGCUACUUUGAAGAAACCGAAUCAAAUAAAUCUUUGGAGUUGCCAUUAGAUUCAGAACCGGAAGCUCCGCGAAUUGCCUACCUCAUUACUGGCACAAAGGGUGAUAGUUUGAGGAUGCGAAGAACUUUGCAAGCUAUAUAUCAUCCAAGGAAUCAAUACAUUCUUCAUUUAGAUUUGGAAGCUCCGCCACGAGAGAGGAUAGACUUGUCUAUGUAUGUCAAGGAUGAUCCGAUGUUCAGUGAAGUUGAGAAUGUGAGGGUGAUUGCUAAGGCCAAUUUGGUUACCUACAAGGGGCCUACGAUGAUUGCGUGCACACUCCAUGCCAUUGCCAUUCUUUUGAAGGAGAGCGCAAAAUGGGACUGGUUUAUAAACCUCAGUGCUUCGGAUUAUCCUCUUAUGACACAAGAUGAUUUGCUGCAUGUUUUCUCAGCGCUGCCGAGGGAUCUCAAUUUCAUUGAACACACUCAGAGCACUGGAUGGAAAGUAAACCAGAGAGCAAGACCGAUAAUAAUUGACCCGGGUCUAUACUUGUCCAAAAAGUUUGACAUUGUCGUAACCAAUGAACGCCGAGAGCUACCGGCAGCUUUCAAGUUAUUCACUGGUUCUGCAUGGGUAAUGCUCGCAAGACCGUUCUUGGAGUACUGUAUAUGGGGAUGGGAUAAUCUUCCCCGAAUCAUCCUUAUGUACUACGUGAACUUUGUCUCGUCUCCUGAAGGCUAUUUUCACACCGUUGUCUGCAACUCCAAUGAGUUCCAAAACACCACAAUCAGCCAUGACCUGCACUAUAUUGCCUGGGGCAACCCUCCGAAACAGCACCCACUUUCCCUUACCAUCAAGGAUUUCAGCCAGAUGGUCAAGAGUGGGGCACCGUUCGCUCGGAAGUUUGCAAAGAAUGAUCCAGUUUUAGACAAGAUUGAUCGGGAGCUCUUGGGACGUUCUGAAGGGCGGUUUACCCCUGGUGCUUGGUGCAUUGGGGAGUUGGAUGGUGGUGCAGACCCCUGCUCCUUCAGAGGCAAUGACACGGUGUUUCGGCCAGGCCCAGGGGCCGAGAGGUUAAAGGAGUUGAUGCAGAAGCUGCUUUCUCCAGAGGUCCGCAACACCAGUUGCACUGAUCAUAGUUUUGACAAGACUAGGAUGUUAUAGAUUACAUUCUUUACAUCAAGUGUUGUUCAAUGUUUUGUUACAUCUGCAAUUCGGUAAAUUUUACCUGGAAUAUAUCAAUGAAUGCAGGAAAUUUUACAGUGCA